AUGAUGAUGAUUGCUAUUAUAGUUAAUUCAGCAUCAUGGAUUUUGAAUCAAUACGGAGUUUCAUCCAUACCAAGAGAUACUUCAAUGUGUAGUUAUACCGGUAUUACAUGCUCAACUAAUGGUCUAACUAAAAUUGAAUUAUCAAUUGAUGGGUAUACAUCAACCGGUCAAAUACCACUUUCAACAUUGACAUUCACAUUUCCAUAUUUGACUAGUCUCAUGAUCAACCGAUCAUCUAUCGAUAUUCCAGUUGCUGAUCCUACUUUAAAUUUAUUUGAUAAAUUGGUUAAUUUACCUGUACUUAAUAUCAUCAAAAUUUAUAAUGAUUCAACAUUAUCAAAUAUACCAGCUACAUUUCCAACAGGAUUAAAUGUACUGGGUACAUUGGAAUUAAAAGAUAAUGUAAAUCUUGUAUCAUUUGCAGGUGGAGAGUUUCCAAGCCACGCCAAUUUAUUUACCAUCAAUAUAAGAGGUUCACCACUUCAAAAUUUUGAUAUUUCCAGUACCAGCACUAAUCUCCCUCGAUUGAAUGCAAUGCAUUUAUCAUUUGCCGUAAACAAUCCAAAACAAUUAAACUUUCAACAAUCAUCAUUCCCAAAACUAUCCACUCUAGGAUUAUAUAAUGAUAUUGGUAGUCCUUCAAUCACUGUAAUUCAUAAUAUCUCAAUCAUUAGCGUUAUUACUCUUAUGGGAAAUAACUUUCAUUUAAAUGUAGUAAAUACAUCAAAGGUUGGUGCAUUGAAAAUGGAAGGAAGAUUAUCAACAUUUGCACCAUCAAUUGAUCAAUUUCCAUUGAUGAGAAUUUUAGAUAUUACUACAUCAAACUUGGUUACUUACCCAUUUACACAAUUUCCAAUUGAAAUAUUAUCAAUCAAUUUCCAUGAUAAUGGUUUUACAUCUUUACCAAAUCUCUCAACUCCAAAAGGUUUGGUUGCUUUAGGAUUAACAAAUAAUGAUUUACAAGGUCAGAUAAACUUUAGUUUAUUUCAAAAUACUCAAUUAAUGGCAUUGAGAAUUUCAAAUAAUCCUCAAGUUUCUGGUACAGUACCUGAAUCAUUUUGUUCAAACUAUCUAAUUGCCAAUAAUACUGGGCUGUCCCAAAUACCUGAUUGCUUCUGGUGUUAUGAUCAAGACCCUUUAAUACUAUCAAUAUCUCCUCUUCAACGUCCACAAAAUUUUAUUUGUAAUGUUGAUUAUGGAUCAAAUUAUUUAUAUUCAAAUAAUGGAAUAGUAGAGUUGCGCGGUAGGAAUUUGGGAUGGGGAUACUCUGAUACAGAAGGAACAUAUAGAGUAUCUCCAGUCACCCCGAAUAUUGAUAUGCUUAUUGAUUUUAUACCAGCUCUACAAAUUGGACCACCUAGAAAUGUCUCUGUAAGAUUUCACAGUUUUAUUGGAUUGUCUUAUCCAUUCACAGUGGUUGAAGCUGGUAUUAAUAUUGGCACAGGUUAUGCAAUGUCUCAAGCACCAAAUUAUACCAUUGUCAAUCUCUAUCCUCAAUUUUACAACUCUUAUAUUGGACACAAUAUAACACUCACCUUUUUAUCAACUGGUAUUAAAACAUCUUGCCUUAUAACUUCAAACACUACAAAUACUAUUGUUUGUCAUACCAACCAACCAGUUCCAUUUGGUUUAUAUAAUAUUACAUUAUCAAAUCAAUAUUUAAAUGGUUCUUUAUCAAAUUGUGAAUUUACUCAAUUUUAUCCAAUAGUAAUGACAGUGACAACACUAGAUCAAAUUAUAAAAUCUGGAUCUAAAUUUAGUUUGUCUGGAUAUUACUCUACAUCAACUCCAACAGUUUUAUUCAACACUGUUAACGGAAAUAGUAGUUGUCUUGUCACUUCUUUCUCUGGUAGUGAUAUUCAAUGUACUCUACAAGAGAAUAUCAAGGGUUCUCAACCUAGUAUUAUUGUUUUAAUUGACAGUUAUAGUUGGGUUUAUAUUCCCCAAAAUAUAACAACACCCUAUGAUCAAUGUGUAUUGGAAACAUUCAAUUGUCAUUAUUAUAAUAAUAAUGGUCAAUGCUCAUAUGAUGGUGUUUGUAUUUGUUCUAAACCAACAUUUUAUAAUAAUUGUUCAAUUGUUUAUCCAAUCGUAUCAUCAACAUUAAUUAAUAGAGAUGAUCAAAAACUAUUAACAUUUUAUGGUGAUUUUGGUCCAUUUAAUCAAUCAAAUGCAAUUGUAUUGCUAAAUGAUACUAUCAACUGUCAAAUAACAUAUACCUCACAACCAAUGAUUAAUUGUACACUUUCAAGUCAACCAAACCCAGGAUUAACAUCUGCAAAGAUUCAAGUUGACUCUCUUUGGGUUACUAUUAGAGAUGCACUAUUAUUCAAACCAAUGAAUAAUAAUAAUAACAGCGAUUCAUCAAGUGGUGGAGGUCCCUCUUCUCAAGAUAAAUGUAAACAAGAUACAAAUGAUUGUUAUGGUCAUGGUUAUUGUGAUGAAAAUGGAAAAUGUCAAUGUGAUCUAUAUUAUAAUCAAGAUGAUAAUUGUAGAACUAAAUUUUCAAAUUCAACGAUAACACCAAAUAUGACAUCACCAACAAUAUCAUUUGAUAUUGAUGGAAUGAAAUUUAGUUUUGAAAUGUAUUCAAUUCAAGAGGUUGGAUUUGAUAAUCAAGAUUUACCAAUUAAAGAAUUAUUUGUAUCAGAUUACAAUUGGUCUGUCAAUAUUGAGUAUAGUGAUAGUUUGAAUACUACUACUAUUGUAACCUAUCAACUCAAUAUUACUAAUGGUACCACCAACUCUACAUCACCAUUUUACCAACUCAAUGUUUCAUCGAUUGUCUCUUUCUCUAAACAACCACGUGACAUUACAUUUGGAGAUCAAGUCAUUCAUAUUAAUCCAUAUGCCAUUAAAUUAGAGGUUGGAAUUGAUGGUUGGUCAUACUCUUCCAAUUUAGCAACAUUAAAGGUACUAUUCAAAACAUCAAUAUCACAAGAUCAAACUUUUGUUUUCGAUUGUGAAGAAAAGCCAUUGGACAGUUUGCAAUAUGAUGAUUUCUCAUCAACCAUUCAAUACCUAAGAGUUGUAAAGGAUAAUAUUCAAUUCAAUGGUAGAUUUUUAGAUUAUGUCUUGUCAGAUGGUAGACCAGCCUAUUCAAAAACAGAAUUGGUAUCACUCUUUAAUACCACUACUAGUAGUGGGGAGGAAUCAAUUGCAACGAUUAGAGUUAAUCUACCACAAUGUAAAUCAUGUAUACUCGAUCCUGAUUUCUCACCAUUAUUAAUUGAAAAGGGAAAUCAAGAUUGUAAUGAUAAAUCAAAUACAUGGAGAAUCAUAGUUGGCGUUGUUGUUGGUGGAGUUGCUUUGAUUGCCAUUGCAACAACAACUACCAUUCUAUUGAAAAAGAAAUAUGCAUAUAUUCAACAACAAAAAUUAAUUCAUAUUAAAUUAAAUUCUUUGGUAAAUAAAUAA